AUGCCGCCAUCUGCCAGCUCUCCCUCCCCAUCCCCUCACCCGCCUUUUAAAUUCACCGACGACGACGAACGAGAAACACGCCCAAUGAGCGCCGGCGCCGACUCCGCCCGGACCAAGCGAGCCUCGUCCUCCUACGGCGUUGCUCUGACUUCCACACCCUCGCAGGACCAGCAGCAGAAGACGAGUGUGAAUGCGAAUGCGUGGAAGAGGAAGAGUGCGCCUGGGUCGGAGUACGCGGAUUUUGUCGCUGGGAAUUCGUCGACGAAGGAUUUUGGGGAGUUGUUGAGGUUGACGCAGCCGGGGGAGAGGGGGAGUGGGAUGAGUGCCUCGCACGGCGAUAGUGCGAAGCGGAGGAGCCAGUAUUACGAGGAGGGCGCGAUGGAUGGGGUGAAGGAGAGGCAGAGUCCGGUGAUUGCGGAGUUGAAGACGAAUGUCAUUAUCAAAGAUGAGUUCAACCUCGUCACGGAGCUGUCAUACCACCUGGCCGGACGGUAUAACAGGCCUGAGGAAUGCGUCUUGAUUCGAAUCGAUCAUAGCGCUUGUCUUGCGUUAGGAGGCAACUUCGACCCCUGCUAUCAUUUAACGAUCACUACGGUACCGUCGCAGAUGAGUUCUUCGACGAACAGACGGAAUGCGGCGAUGAUACAAUCGUUCAUGGAGGGUGCGAUGAAGGUGCCGUCGGAACGUGGGAUUGUGACGUUCGUGCCUAUACCGGAAGAUUAUCUGGCAAUGAAUGGGCAGACGAUGUCGGGUGAAGCAGAACGGUUGGAGAAGCGGAGUAGCGUGAACGAUCAGAAUGGGUUGAAGAGCGCCAAUAAGGAUGCGACGAGGAGGAGCAUGACCUUCCCUGCGAAGAGCAACUCGUCGCUGAACGGUGAAAACAAGAGCAAUGGCAGUCUGACGGCCAACAUGACGAACGGCAAGAAGAGCCCAUCACCUACGCCUCCAGCCCAGCUCCAGCACAAAUCGAGCUCGAGCGAGAAGGAUGGCCGACCAUCGACCGCGCACGGCGGCUUCGACGGCCUCCGCAUGAAUGGCAUCUCGACCGAAAUUCUCACGGGCAACAAUGCCCGCCUUCCCAACGGACGACCCAAAACCUUCGACGGCGGCUCGUCCUCCAAACCCACCUCCGUUCAAGAACCCCUCAAAUCAACACCCCGCCCUCAUCUCGCCUCGCAACAAUCCCAGCAGAGCCAAAAGACCCCCCAACGCAGCUCCAUGACCAAACGCCCUACACCAAUCAACGGCCCUCCCCCGACCACUAAAACCUCCACCUCCGCCCGUCCGCCAAGCGCGCUCCGCACGAACUCGUCGUCUAUCACCCCCGCCACAGCUCGUCCAACCAUAACCAACACCACCCCCUCCGCCCUCCCCACCGAGACCCGCGCGAAAAACACUUACCUCGACAACAUCUCCUCCCUCGGCAAGAAAGGCACUCCCAUCCCUUCAAACCCAAUCAUCCGCACCACCUCCCCCUCCGCCGAUGCCGAUGACGACGAAGACGCGCCGGCAGCGAAGAGCGCAGGAGCGAGCGGGAAGGCGAAUACGGCGAAGAGAAGGAGCACUAUUACCGCUACGCCCUCUUUGCCUAGUAACAGUAAGGAGAAGGGCGAGAAGGGUGAGAGGGGGGAGAAGGGCAAGAUGCGCCCGCCGCCCGUGCCGGUUUCGUCGAAGGAGGAGGAGGAGACGAGGAGUUUGGGGUCUAGGCUGGGGAAGCGGAAGAGUUUUAUGAAGAUGUUUUCGAGGAGGAGUGUGCCGGCUUGGUAUGAGCAGUGA